AUGCAGACGGUGCAGUGUUUCGCCACAGGGAACCGGAGCAAUCUGCAGAGGUUGCGCGACAACUUGCAGGACCUCCCGAAGCGGUGGCUCCAGCCACGCAGCGACAGCCAGGAGGACGUUUUCCUCGGCAAUGUUCAGGGCGAGUGCAACUAUCGCUUCACGUUCCGGCUGGAGGGCGGUGGCUUCUUCCAGACAGGCGUGCUGGUCGCCUCCGCGGAGACGUUCCAGGGCGGGCUGCCGGUACCCCUCAGGUGUAAAUGGAAGCGCAAGGUCGGGGACCUGCCAGUGGACAUCCCUGGAGUGACGUCCAACAUGUACCAGGCCCGGGGGCCCUUCCGCGGCCGUGCGCUGGCGGGUGCUUCUGCGGCGGAGCGGCACCUGGCGCUGCCGUGGGCCGCGGCUUAUACACCAGAGCUGGAGCCAGAGCCAGAGUUCGCCUGCGGGCAUCUUGUGGGGGGCCAUUGA